AUUUAAACAGCAAAAUUUAAUACUCAAAAUUUGUUAUCUAUUUUUAAUAUUAUAAAUAAAAUAAAGUACACCAUAGUGUAAAUUAACUUUUUUGAUGAAGUAAGAAUUUUGUUAUUUAUCGUUUAGUCCAAAAAUGGCCAAAAUAGCACUUGGUUCUGGUCAAAAAACGGUGGCCUCGUUUGAAGAUGCCAUUCAUAUGACAGGCUUUGGAAAGUUCAACCUCUUCGUCAUAAUCACCUGCGGAGGCUGCCUAAUGUGCGUGAUCCUAGAAACGAUGUGCAUGAGUUUCAUCAUCCCGGCCGCACAGUGCGAUCUCAAUUUGAAUCUGUCGGAAAAAGGUCUACUUUCGUCGAUAAGCUUUUUCGGCGUCGUUUCCAGCUCCCAUCUUUGGGGGUUUUUGGCCGACACCAGAGGGCGCAAAAUGGUGCUGGUGCAAAGUUUACUGUGCAGCAGUGUGUUAAGUUUCGCGUGCUGUUUAGUCCCGUGGAGUUGGUUGUUUAUACUGCUCAGGUUUUUUAAUGGGUUCUUCAUUGGUGGUUGUUCGGCAGUAAUCUAUGCUUACGCUGGUGAAUUCCACGACCAAAAUUUCCGUCCGAAAACAAUUGCGUGGAUGACCACCUUCGUAGCAUUUGGCAACAUGUUUUUGCCCAGCUUGGCAUGGGCCAUACUACCGCAACAAUGGUCAUACAACAUACCCUUCAUGAACAUCACGUUCAAACCAUGGCGAUUGCUUUUGAUAAUCUACGCUCUUCCAAGUUUAGUAGUAGCUGCUUGUUUGAUAGUGCUACCAGAAAGUCCCAAGUAUCUCCUAACGCAAGGAAGAUAUAAGGAAGCGUUGGAAAUUUUGAAAACCAUGUACAAAUUUAACUUUAACAAACAAGCAGAUGAUUACCCUGUAAGUGAUAUUCUAUGGGAUGAGUUGGAUAAUUCAGAUGAAGUUAAAAAAAGAAGUCUGCUGGUGUCGAUGUGGAGACAAACUGUACCUUUAUUCAAGAAACCUUUUUUGAUUAAGACCCUGAUGUUCUGCAGUUUGCAGUUUUUAAUAUUUUUUUCGAGUGCAGGUAUUGUGAUGUGGUACCCAGAGAUUCUGAACGAAAUGUCACAAUUCAGCGCCAACUCAUCUGAAAGGGUUUCAUUGUGUCGAGCCAUGGCCUACGAUGAUGAUGACUAUUUUGAAUUUCCCGAUCAAUAUAGAUCCUUAUUUGUGUUUAAAGGGCGUGUUUGCAAGGACCUGGUGAAACCAGAAGUAUUCCAAACCUCUCUAUUGGUAGGUUCAGCCUACGCGUGCAUGUUUGUUCUUGUAGGCGCCCUCAUAGGCUUCGUGGGCAAGAAAAAACUGCUGGUUUCAUUUUUGACAGUUUGCACCGCUUGUGGACUGGCCUCGCAGUUCGUUUACGGCUACACUUUGAUACAAAUGCUGAUAGGCGUUUUUACUUUGUGCGGGGCCGCUAUAGGCCUUAUCAAUGCCUUCGUUGUUGAUUUGUAUCCGACGCAAAUCAGGGGCAUGGCCCUGGCUGUCUCGCUUAUGUUCGGAAGAUUCGGCGCCAUGACCGGCUCGAAUUUGAUUGGACCUUUGCUGUACCAUUUCUGCGAUUACGUGUUUUUUGUCGUUGCUGCUAAUUCCCUCGUUGUGGUAAUCCUGGUUUUAUUGCUGCCUUCAAUGCCUCAUAUACCACGCCUAAAGGAAACCAUUACGCACUAAUAAUAAAAUAUUAUUAUUAUUAUAAUUAUUUAUUUCAAAUAAAAAGGACA